AAACACGGAAUCUGGGGCCUUUAAAGUAAUGCAUUUUGUUCAUCAAGGUGGUGAUGUGAUUCCAGUUCCUUCCGCCUAUUUAAUCCCCUUAAGCGCAAGCCUCUCUGCUCACCAAGACCAGCUCGGUCCCUCCCUCUCUCUUCCACAUCUUGUAACCUUCACUUCAUCCACAGUAAUGGGUGAUCAGAAACCAGAAGCGAACAUCAUGGAGGCGGUUGCACCAGCGAAGAGCAGGAACAAGAUGUUCGCCUUCGCCUGCGCCGUUCUCGCUUCCAUGGCGUCCAUCCUCUUGGGCUAUGAUAUUGGAGUGAUGAGCGGAGCGGCAAUCUUUAUAAAGGACGACCUCAAGAUCAGUGACGUGCAGGUAGAGAUCCUCCUCGGGAUCCUCAACCUCUACUCCCUCGUCGGCUCCUACGCCGCUGGCUUCACCUCCGACUGGAUCGGCCGCCGCUACACCAUCGUCUUCGCGGCAGGCAUAUUCUUCGUCGGCGCCAUCCUCAUGGGCUUUGCCACCAACUACGCCUUCCUCAUGGCCGGCCGAUUCGUCGCCGGCAUCGGCGUUGGGUACGCGCUCAUGAUCGCCCCGGUGUACACUGCGGAGAUCGCCCCGGCCUCCUCCCGCGGCUUCCUCACGUCUUUCCCGGAGGUCUUCAUCAACUCGGGCAUCCUCCUUGGCUACGUCUCCAACUAUGGUUUCGCCCACCUCCGUCAGUCCCUCGGCUGGCGCUUUAUGCUCGGCGUCGGAGCCAUCCCCUCUGUUUUCCUCGCCGUUGGCGUCCUCGCCAUGCCGGAAUCCCCGCGGUGGCUCGUCAUGCAAGGGCGCCUCGGCGAGGCCAAGCGGGUUCUUGACAAGACCUCCGACACGCCCGAGGAGGCGCAGCUCCGCCUCGCAGAUAUCAAGGCCGCUGCUGGCAUCCCUGAGGGCUGCAACGACGACGUCGUGCCUGCACCGAAGAAGAGCCACGGGGAGGGCGUGUGGAAGGAGCUGCUGAUCAGGCCGACGCCGGGAGUCCGGCGAGUGCUGCUCACCGCCAUCGGGAUCAACUUCUUCCAGCAGGCCUCCGGCAUCGACUCGGUGGUGCUCUACAGCCCCCGGGUGUUCGAGAAAGCCGGCAUUCACGACAAAAACAAGCUGCUAGCCACGACGGUGGCCGUCGGGUUCACGAAGACUCUCUUCAUCCUUGUAGCCACCUUCUUAGUCGACCGCAUCGGACGUCGACCGCUGCUGCUGAGCAGCACCGGCGGGAUGAUCCUGUCGUUGGCCGCCCUCGGCCUGGGGCUCACGCAGAUCGACCACCACCCGGACGGGCAGCUCCGGUGGGCGAUCGGGCUGUGCAUCGUGUCCAUCCUGGCCUACGUCGCCUUCUUCUCCAUCGGCCUGGGCCCCGUCACGUGGGUCUACUGCUCGGAGAUCCUCCCGCUGAGGCUGCGGGCGCAGGGCGCCAGCAUCGGGGUGGCAGUGAACCGGGUGACGAGCGGCGUGAUCACCAUGACCUUCAUAUCGCUCUACAAGGCCAUCACGAUCGGCGGGAGCUUCUUCUUGUACGGCGGGAUCGCGUUGGCGGCGUGGGUGUUCUUCUUCACGUACUUGCCGGAGACGAGGGGGAGGACGCUGGAGGACAUGGAAGAGUUGUUUGGGACCAAAAAGGACGCGGAGGAAGCACCAAAUGGAGUUCAGAUGGUGAAUGCAAGCGAGGGCAAUGAGAAAAUAUGAGUUCUGUGUGAACGUCGUAGUAAGUAACAAAUGUUAGAGGGCCAAACCCUACCAGAAGACCCAAGUAGAGAAGAAGAAUGAACCUACCGGACAUAAAUGAGAAGAUUCUGUCUUUGACAGUAUCAGUACUUUCUGGGUUUUGAUGUGGACGGGAAAAGGCAGGAAGAAGAAAAGUCCUCAUUAGCAAUAUUAGAUAGAAACUAUGGCAUGAUUAGUGUGAUGAAGUCAAUGAGGUGGGGCAGUGAUUCGUGUGAAAUAUUCCGACUUGUGAGUCCAAAUAAAAGCAUAGGACAAAGAGUAGCUAUGUGGAAUGAUAUGGGUGUUGGUGAGCAAGUCUUCCUAUCUCUGUAGAGUUACCCCAUUCCCUUGACUUGGGAAGUAAUAUUAUAUUUGUAUCCCAACUCUUUCUUUUUCUUGCUUUUCCUAUUUUGAGAUAAUAUCAUAAAUAUUACUUAUCUA